AUGUCUGAACAACAGCAAAACAAAGCUCCCAUCACCAUCGACACCACCAGGGCGAACACCACCCACAGCGAACAACAACAACAACAACCAGUACAACAUCGCAACUCAGAAACAGCAACCCCCACAUUCACCAACUUCAGUCCCGUCUCGGCUGAUUCCUCUCCCAUCUCUCCGGCAGACCGUCGGAUGAGUGCCGAGUGGGAUGCCUCCAAAGUGCCACCAAGCCGCUUCCAAAAGCGCAAGGGAUCCAUCUACGCCGUGCCCAAGACACGGGACGGCCAUGUUGACAACAACUACGCCACUGCCUUCCAUCAGAAACACAUGGAGAAGGGAUACCAGAAUGUAAAGUAAGCGAGCGAUUGAGUGGAUUGUGUUGGGCAAACAACGGCGCGCGGAGGAAACAAGCGUAUGAACAUUGAAGGAGGAUCUGCUACGAUGAUAUCCGGUUGUCCAUGAGGUUGAGCUGGGUUUUAUUGACUGUGUGCGUGCUGGGAUAGCUUGUUUAUCGUAUGGGGGAUGCGUUAUACGACAUGGUUGAUUGUUAUCUUGCUGAUGGGCUGUAUAAUCACCAUUUCCGAUCGAUGGCAUUCAUUUUCUGUUUUGAAUCAGGAACUUCCCCUCACUAAGAUAUGAACCAAGAUCUUCUUCACAUGCAAAGGGUAGCAGAUGUGCUGGUUGC